GGAGCUGGAGAUGGAGGAGGGGCUAGAGGAGGGGCUGGAGGACUUUGGUCUCCUCCGCCCCUGACAUAAGAGGAGCAGGACGCGCCUAGGGACCGCAGUAGUAACAGCCUCGGAUCAGGAGACAGCCGCAGGUCCGCGGACAGCAGUGACGUCACAGCCACUGGAUGAAACUUCUCCGAGCUGCUCCUAUCAUUCGCUUUCUGAUCCCCAAACUACAACAAACCAUGAGCCGUUCUCUCAGCACCGGGGUUUUCCAGAACUCCCAGCCCCUCAACUACCGGGCAGGGGGUAGAGUGCAACCCGUGGACUCGGUGGGACAAGAACAAGCCUAUGAACCAUCCACAGGCCGGGUCAUUGCAACCUUUGCUUGCUCUGGAGAAAAAGAAGUAAAUGAAGCCAUUCAAAGUGCCAAGUCUGCUUUCAAAAUAUGGCGUCAGAAAUCGGGAAUGGAGCGAAGCCGCGUCUUGUUGGAGGCAGCGCGUAUUAUCAGGGAGCGCAGUGAAGAACUGGCCACCAUGGAGACCAUCAACAAUGGGAAAUCCGUCUUUGAAGCGAGAGUGGACAUUGAGGUUUCUUGGCAGACGCUGGAGUAUUAUGCUGGACUUGCAGGUAGCAUGGCUGGACAACAUGUGCAGCUCCCAGGAGGAUCGUUUGGUUACACAAGAAGGGAACCUCUCGGGGUCUGUGUAGGGAUUGGAGCCUGGAACUACCCCUUCCAGAUUGCCUGCUGGAAGUCCGGACCUGCCCUAGCAUGUGGCAAUGCUAUGGUGUACAAACCGUCUCCCUUCACUCCUAUCACGGUAGUUUUGCUUGCUGAGAUCUUCACGGAGGCCGGGGCCCCUCCAGGUCUCUUUAAUGUGGUCCAGGGGGCCGCAGCCACUGGGGAGUUCCUCUGUAAGCAUCCAGAGGUGGCCAAAAUAUCAUUCACUGGCAGCGUCCCCACCGGCUCAAAGAUCAUGGAAAUGGCUUCCAAAGGUAUUAAACCUGUGACCCUGGAGCUUGGAGGAAAGUCUCCUCUCAUUAUCUUCUCCGACUCUGACUUUGACAGCGCUGUGAAUGGUGCUCUGAUGGCCAACUUCCUCACCCAGGGACAAGUAUGUUGCAAUGGCACACGUGUCUUUGUUCAAAGGGACAUAUUGCAAAAGUUUACUGAGGAAGUGGUGAAGAAGGUGGCAAAAAUAAAAAUUGGGGACCCUCUUUUAGAAGACACCAGGAUGGGACCACUCAUUAACCGUCCUCAGCUGGAGAAAGUGCUCGCCUUUGUUAAAGGUGCAAAAGAACAAGGUGUCAAGGUGCUGAUCGGUGGUGAGCCAUACGUCCCAGCAGAUCCUAAACUGAAGUCCGGGUUUUUCAUGAGCCCUUGUGUAUUAGGAGAAUGCAGGGAUGAUAUGACCUGCGUCAAGGAAGAAAUUUUUGGUCCUGUGAUGUCCAUCCUGCCUUUUGAUACAGAGGAAGAAGUUCUGGAAAGAGCCAAUAACACAACAUACGGUUUGGCUGCUGGAGUCUUUAGCAGGGACAUCCAGCGCGCACAUAGAGUGGUGGCUGGUCUGCAGGCUGGGAUGUGUUUCAUCAACAAUUACAACGUGAGCCCCGUUGAACUGCCUUUUGGAGGGUACAAAAAGUCUGGCUUUGGACGUGAAAAUGGACAAGUUGCCAUUGAGUACUAUUCGCAGCUGAAGACGGUCUGCGUGGAGAUGGGAAAUGUCGAGUCAGUGUUUUAAAUGGGCGGCGUGUCCCCACAGCGUCGUUCUUGUUCGUAUUCUACAUCGAAUGAUAAAGAUGUUUUCUAUGGAAGGGUCUCGUCACACCACAUAUAUUUUUUCUAGUGUCAUAAUAAAAUUUGUAGACUGUGCUACCCAGCGUCUUAAUGAGGACUUCUCACGACUCCGACAUCUGUUCUCGAAAAUACUUUAUAUUACAG